AUGAGUAAUAGCAUAACGGUAUCUGAAGCAAACAACGACAACAACACCAAAUCUUCUUUGAAAGAUGACACUGAGUUAAAUGCGCAUCCAUAUAUCCUUGCGCAAGAUGAAACCACGCUGAAUGACUCUAUAAAACAAUUCGAACAUUUCGAUGAACUGAACUUACGAGAAUCACUUUUACGAGGUAUCUAUAGUUAUGGUUUCGAGCGUCCUGCAGAGCUGCAGCAACGAACUCUUAAACCAUGUAUAUCAGGCCGUGAUGUAAUUGUGCAAGCACAAUCAGGUACAGGCAAGUCAGCAACAUGUAUCAUUGCAAUUUUACAACAAAUCGAUAUGGACUGUAACGACUGUCAAGCAUUAAUUUUAGCUCCAACGCGUGAACUUUCUCACGGGCUUCACAGAUUAGUAUUAGCACUCGGUGAGCAUAUGAAUGUAAUAUGUCAUCCUUGUGUUGGUAGUACGAAAAUUCGUGACGACAUGAAGCGUCUUGAAGCAGGUGCUCAAGUUGUUGUUGGUACUCCUGGUCGAAUUUGUGAUAUGUUAAAGAAGUCAGUACUUCGUAGUGAAAAAAUGGAAAUAUUGGUACUAGAUGAAGCAGAUGAGAUUCUUUAUCGGGGUUUCCACGAACAAAUUAAUGAAAUACGAACGAUGCUGCCAGCACAUAUUCAGAUUAUUGUUUUAUCGAUUACAAUGCCCCAAGAUCUAUGCAAAAUGACAAAAAAACUUAUGCAUAAUCCUGUAAACAUUCUUCUCGAGCCAAACGAUCGAACACUCGAAGGUAUUCGUCAAUUUUACAUCAAUAUCGAACGUGAGGAAUGGAAACUAGAUACUUUAUAUGAUUUGCUCGAUACAUUGAUGACCACUCCAGCUGUUAUCUGUUGUAACACGUAUCAAAAGGUCGACUGGUUAACUGAAAAACUACAUGAACAUGGUUUCACAGCGUCUGCUCUGUAUGUUAAUAUGGAUGCUAAACAAUACAAUAAUGCAAUGAACGAAUUUCGAACGGGUUCUAGUCGAAUCUUGAUAAGAACCGAUGCACUUUUAAAUAAUACUGAUGUUCCACAAGUUGCUCUUGUAAUCAAUUAUGAGCUACCAAUUCGUCGUGAACACUACAUACGUCGUAAUGGACGUUAUGGUGCAUUCGGUCGCAAAGGUACGGCUAUCACUUUCAUCACAUACGAUGAACAACAAACAUUACGCGACAUUGAAAAAUUCUAUAAUACAAGUAUCCAAGAAAUGCCGAUGAAUAUCGCUGAUCUGCUUUAA